UUAGGAAUAAUCGGCCUAUGAGCAUAGCAGAUGGAGUCGACUUUUCUGCAUAGCUCCACCACUGUGGGUGAUCAGAGCUUCAACAAGGGGUCAUCACAGAGGGGAAAGACUUGGAGAGUGGUAAAGAAGGUCAUGGAUCUGGGGUGUCCGUACUUGGAGAAUCUUGAAGAGUCGGUUGUCAAGGAAAUACUGUUCAGUGAUGGAGAGGCUCGUUUCCGAACUCUACAAUGGCUUGUGGGAAGAUUUCACCCCAGGCUGCAAGAGCUGUUAUUUGCCCCGGGAACCUCCACCACUACAGUUCACAGUCUUACUUCACUACUUGCCGACAUGGGCCUGUGUUCCUGUGGUGACCAUGAUCUCGUCAAGGGGAUGACCAGUGGGUCUAAACAAGUGCGCUUCCUGGGGGCUCUGCUGGACCUCAUCAUCGUAGGGGGUGGGGAAGACUCAGAUCUGUACGCCCCCUGCCACAGGCUAUCGGCCCAGACAGACUCCAGCUGUGCCUUCUUGGACCAGCUGUGCAGGAGUGAGGACUUGGACGCUAUAUUUCCCACCUCUCUCUCCAUCAUUCCCCCCGGCAUCGCUAAGGCAACUGCACUCGAGGUGACAAUGGAUGGUGGCCGUUCGAUCAUUGAGGCAAAACAAAGCAGAGGUAACCCUCCCUCAAGCACCCAGCUGGCCGAGCACCUCAAACAGUUGACUCAGCAGCUGCACUCCUGCCAAGAACGACUCAAUCAACUAUCACAAUCGUUCACCUACGAACCCUUGAAUCCUGUUGCCAUGGCGAGCACGGAAAAAAGCUUAUUGGUAAGUUUGGAAACACUGAGCCAGCUAUCCGUGAAUUUCUGCCACAUGUACGAGGCUGAGAUUCAACCGUGGACGGACAGGACCAUGCCUGAAUUUAACUCCUUGGGAGCUAGUUUCAAGAGGGUUAACACACAUAGGGAACAACUCGAGAAGCUAAUCACGUCAAUUGGCAUGCUGCAAGCCAGCGUACAGUCGGUGGACACACUAACGUCUUCUCCUAGCAACCAUAACACACAGUACUUGAGAGCAAGGGAAGCAAUCCAGCAAUUUCUGGAAGAGCUCUGCGGCUGUAAGCAGCCAUGCGUAGAAUGAACUUUCUGACAAUUAUGUGAAAGCACUUAUGACAAUCCCAUGAUCUAUGCACGUAUUAUCACGUACAUGAUCUAUAUGUACAUGUACAUGCACAUGUAUUAUCACGCACAUCCAUCUUUCCUCUAUAUACAUGUGAUUAUAUAAUUAUGAUUAUUAUAACCAUUAUUGUCUAA